GGGGUCACCACCGUUUGUGCUGACAAACAUACGGACCCCUGUAAAGACCUCCUCCUUCGGUUUGGCCUGUCUGGUCUCCACAUUUUCGAGAAGCUUUGCCUCUGCCGACGGCGCCAGGAGUUAAUGUUGCCGUUUGGUGAUGAAAAACAGGGUUUGCAUGGAUUUAAUGUUUUGAAAAGUUAAGAAAAAAAUGAACUAUAUUCAUUAGCUAUCACUAAUUCCCUUUAUCUAACAAAUACAGACCGAAUAUGGACAAACAGUGUCUUAUCGAUAAAGAAGGAAACCAUUACCUCUUCCAAAGACGAGAACAAUGGCAGUCCAUGAGCGAUCAAACGUAAACACGAGCACAGAAACGGGAUCGUGUUUAAGUUCGUGGUUUAAAUCCCAGAAAAAUGCCAGCUAUAAAAAACAACCUACAGGCGUGAUCUGUAAAAGUGAAGAUUCAAGACACAGCUAUUUACACGUAAGCCACAGCAGGCUAACAUGAACAGACGAUUGGUCAAAAGUAAGCCACGGGAGUCAAACGUGAUUAGGCACUACAAGUAAGCCACAGGAGUCAAAGGUGAUUUGCUAAUGUGGGCUUACUUGGACUUAAUGUGGGCAUACUUUGGCUCACAAUCUGUACGCCAGUAGGCGCAAGUGAGAGGUAGGGGGGUCGAUCCCCUCAUUCUCCAUUAUCUUCAGUUGUUGACUAGUGCUACUAAUGCACACCUAAUUACAAAACCUUUCAUGAAACACAUUACAUGUUUUUCAACAAACACCAUUGUAAAGUGCUUACUAAGGACUCAACAGCUGCAUGAACUCACUAGGCUUUUAGAUGUUUAUGUCAACGAAUAGAAUUCAGUGGGUUCCCCAACAACAGAACGGAGAAUCAUUGAUCCCUCCUUUGGGGAUUCCAGAAAGCAAGGUUAGACUACCUUGACUUUAACACAGAACCUUCGCUUAAGUAAGCCUUAACUUGCUUACUUUAUGUAUGUCAGUUCCAAAACACUGGUUACGAGUCUGCUGGCUCCAAGAAGCCAAAAUCCCAUAUGGAGAAAAAUCAUCUUCUGGCUGGUACCUCUUUAUUAACAUCUCCUUAUUAUCCUAAUUUUAUAAAAAUAUUCUUUGUGGACUGACAGUGUCUGGCUUUUUCUCUCCAACAUGGCGGCGUUUAUCUCACCCAUGUUACCCAAAUGGUAACUGAAUUUACUCAUUUGCUCAAAGAGGCCCGGACAUUUGUCAGCACAAACGAGGUGACCCCAGUGACCAGUUUCUGGUAUCAUUGCAGACUACAGUUUGGUAAAUACCAAGGCCAACGAUUUAGAUGGCUCCUGGAAAACUCUCUGGGCUAUGCUGUGUAUUUAAUGCUUAGCAUCUCCGACGAGGCAGCACAUACAUCACCGUUGUCAGAAAACAAGCAACUCUUCCUUCAGUACACUUCUCAAAUUAGAGAGAUGAGAGAAGAAGAUGAAAAGUACAAGAGAAAGCAGGAAAUGCAAGCAGAAGCCCGAGCAACUGGAGACCAGGGCUGCUUGAUGGUUGAGUUUGGUGACUUCCAGGGCCGGUCCAUGAAGGAGGUUUAUGAGGACGGGAGCAAGGAGGCGCAAGCCCUUAUCAAGUAUCUGGUGACAGCACAUGCCAGGCCCAACACCAACAUGGCAAUUUUCAAGGCAUACGUCAUAAAAAGACGGGCAUCAUCUCGUGCUACUGCCCCUCCGGCUGCACAUUCUCUUGCCACUGCAACUCCAUCCUCCAGUGCAACUACACCCACCCGUGCCACUACCCCCUCUGCCACCCAGAUCCGAACCGGCAUCCAGCAGACUGCUGCUGUGAAGGCACUCUUAGGACUUGGCAAAAAUAUCCCUACUUCCCAGCUCGUCAAAAAACUCACAUCACCAGCUAAGCACCAUCCUGUACUGCCUCCUCCAAGCGGAGGAGGAGAACCUCCAGCCAAAAAUUUGGCCCAGAGGCAGCUUUUUACUGCUGACACUUCCAUUCCUCCUGCUAAGGAGGCUGAUGACGAGGAGCUGCUUCUUGCUGCAGCACAAUGUGAAGCACAGCUAAAGGCCUGUCCUGGUCCCUCUCCAUCUGUGGCAGCAGCAAAGUCAGCGCUGGAGCUUCCAGUCCACUGGAAAGAACAACUGCCACGCUUCCAGCACGAGUGGAUUGCAAAGACGCUUUUCAAAGCCAACCCACGAACCGGCAAGGCAGAACUUGUGUCGCAGCUAAAGCUUUGGUGGCAUCCUCCUCAGCCCGCUCUGGUUCACACUCAGCCUCCCGCCUCAUCAGACCUCUUCUUUUGCCGGCCCCUGUUCCUGUGGAUGCCACAAAAAAUGUGGUCAUUUCUUUUUGUCUGCGGUCGUCCACAAUGUGGUCAGCACAGACUUACGGCGGCUGGAAUUUACAGGACUGUUCGUAAAGUCCUGGACAUUGAUGGGUGGUAUGACCUCGCCACUGAGUAUCUGGAAUGUAAACGCUGCAAGAGAAAAUACCCAUCCUGGUCAGAGGACAUUUUGGGGCAGAUGGACAUGGGUCAUCGCAGCCAUUUCCCAGCUCUGCUGACAUACAGGUACUCAUGUGACAAGCGGGUGCUGAGAAUGAUGAGGGAGAGGACACUGGGCAACAGCGUGACACAACUUUAUAAAAAGUUACUGGAACAGCACAGUGAGGCAUGGACACAGCGCGUCCUACAGUACCUCACAGUGUGUGAACCGUUCACAAGGGCCUCUCUUCAGCGACCAGUGUUUGCUGAGCCCCCCCCAAUGCCUGCCUUGCCUAAGCCAAAGUGGCUGUUAGCUGUUUAUGCUAGGGAUGUUCUGGGGCGGAUCAACGAAGUGAAGGCCAAAAUCACAUCUGCGUUUGGAUGUGUUUUGAAGAUGGACUCCACAAAAAAGGUCACAAAGAAGCUUGCGGGGGCUGCUUCAGGAACAGCUGCCUGGUGCACAAAUGUCGGUAAUGAACAUGGCCAGGUUCUGGUCUCUGUCCUGAGAGCCGCUGAAGGACAUGGACUGGACGCCAUGGCGGCUGGCCUGAUGAGGCGCUACAAAGAGGCAGGAGAGGCACCCCCAAAAGUGAUGUACGUCGACAGAGACUGCUGCAGCAGACACGGCCAGUCUCUGGUGAAGACCCUGUUUUCAGAGUGGGAUGAGCUUGAGGUGCGCCUGGACAUCUGGCAUUUCAUGCGGCGAUUCGCUGCAGGUGUCACGACAGAGGCUCAUCCGCUCUACGGGAUCUUCAUGGCACGUCUGUCUGCGUGCAUUUUUGAGUGGGAUCCAGAAGAUGUGGCUGCUCUUUGCUGCGCCAAGGAGGCUGAGCUGGCAGCAAAGAAAAGUGGCCAUGUUUCCAGAAGGACGGUCAGUGCUCAGAUUAGUCGCAGGGAGUUGGCAUUCCACUGUCGGAGGAGGACCAGGGGAGUGGAGGAGACUGCAGCAUUAUUAGGAGCACUCAUCCAUCAGUUCGACAGUGCAAAUGGGAAGGACACCCUUGGAGUUCCACUGUUGGACCACGAACACAUCCAACAGAUUUGGAAGGAACAGCAAAACCACCUGCUGUGCAUCCAAGACCCCGAGAACUUCCCACUCUACAUGAAGACGGGAACACUAAAGAAAGCUGUGGAGCUGUCUUGCUACAGGUGUGCCCGUGGGUCGACCUCCUUGGAGUCCUUCCACCUCCACCUGAACCGUUUUAUACCAGGAACCAGUGCCAGUGACGCGCAUUUCCAGGCAUAUCUCCUUGAGGGCUUGAUGCGCUGGAAUGAUGACCGGAUGGAGGAUGCUGUCAAAGGAAAUUCCUCCUUCCGGUUAUUCGAAACUUCAAUGAGAGAGGCUGUGGACCAACUCAGCCAAGCAGUGCUAGGGAAGCCCUGGGAUGAGCGUUAUCGCCCUCCUGGAGCAUAUACAGGUGAAUUGCUGGGAAUAGAAUACCUGUACAGCCAGACUGGAAAGACAUUUACUGCCAUGCUUCAGACCCCUGAAGAGGAGGACAGGCUGCUGGAGGGAAUUGAUGAACUUGACCAGGACUUCCAAGACGAGGGGUUUGGGGAAGACAACAUGGAGGACAUCACUGUACCAGUGUUGGAUGACCCCCCUCUUGAUGUCGUUGCCAGCCCCUCAUCUUCACCUCAGCCGCUACUCUCAGUAUCACCAGGUGGACCUGAAACUUCUGCUCAUCGUCUUUCCUCUGUGGUGGUGUCACAGCCAACUGAGAGUGAAAGCAGCCCUUCAGACGAGGCAGAGUCUGCUGUUGUAGGACCCGACGGCAUAGCUGGGUGGGACAAAGUCCAGGAUCUGGCCUCUUACUUAGUGGGACUCCGUGAGGCUCCUUACCUCACUGACCCACAAGUUACAGAGGCCAUUCGACUAUGGACAGCUCUCCUGGAGGUGGACAAAAAGCGGGUCAACUACCAGCCUCGGCACCAGCCUCAGCUUUCACACGGCCGCUUUAAGGCACCAAAACGCUCCGGGGUGACACCAGGAGUGGAAAGUGUGAAAAGGUGUCUCAUUGGACAUCCUGGGGGUCCAGCUCAGUGGCCAAGCACCAGCCGCUUGGUUGAGGCUAUUUGCAUUAAGCUAAGCCGUUUGCACAAGACGCCCACCAAGAAGGCUGGAGUUAGCACCCCAAGGUGGUCCAAAAUCCUCACGGAUUACCACCAUAUCCGGGAUUUAGUGCUGAGCAGUCGCAGGCUGAUGGAGGAAACAAUGAUCCAGCUGUUUGAGUUCAAUCAGAGGACACUCAUUCAAUGGUUUCAGCGGCGGGAGAAAAACCAAGAAAGGAGUGUCCUCGCCCAGGGAUUGACACCCCCCGAGCCAGUUGCUGUAGCUGCAAGCGACCUUCCUGCUCCAAGGCAAAAAAUGGAUGAGGCACCAUCCACAUCUGGGCCCAAAUUCAAAUUCAUUCUUCCUCUAAAUAGAGCAGGACAGGCUCCUAUUCUGAGACCAGGUCGCAGGCCUGCUGCUGCUACUGCUACUGCUACUGCUUCUUCCUCUUCCUCUGCUGCUACUGACAGUAUGAUGUGCCCCAUCACACCUGCCACCAGUGUAACUGGUUUUAUUCCACCUGUGUCAGCACCUGGAUUAUUGUUGGGGACCAUAAUUCCUUUCCCAGUUAUGGCUGUGCCCACCGCUUAUCCAUUUCCUGGAGCAACAACAAGCAGUGCAGGCUUCGUUCCACCUGCGACUGCCCCAGCUGUCCCUACUGUCCCUGUGUCACGCUCCACACAGAAGAACAGGCAAAGAUGGGCCUUGGAGGAAGAAAGCGGCAUCCACAAAAGAAAAUACAUACGAGGAGUGAACUAUAAUACGUGCAGCAAAUGUGGACAGCCCAAAACAAAAGAAUACGGGCAUAGUCGCUACAAAAAUGCCACAUUUUGCUCGCGGGCUUCAAAUGGACGAUCAUUGGAUGACUGGUUGGCAGAACAGCGCCAACAGCACAAAGGCAGAUCACCUCCUCCUCCUCCUCUUUCAUAGGUACUCUUCGGUAAUAUCAUCGUAAUGUAGAUAGUAAAUUAUUGUUGUAUGUACAUUCUUUAGUUAUUUAAAAAAAUUUUUUUUGUUAUUUUCUAAUAUUUACUUUUUGUCAAUGUGAUUCAUGUUAGUUUUCUGUGUCUUCAUUUUAAUAAAACAUUUUACAUUUGAA